AUGGGAAGAGAAUCGCAAAUCAGUUUUACUGUCCACACCACAUCACCGGAUAUGAUGUUGACGUUACUAUGGCUGUUGUUAUUUACAAAAGUUUCAUUAGGCCAUGUUUACAAUGCGGUCGAAACGGAAAUGUUUGCGAUUCCGAUAAGCCCUAAUUUAUUCAACUGGACUUAUCAAGAAUUUGAUCAGCAAUAUCGAUUCCACGCGUCUCUAAUCGGCAAACCGGAGUUGCCUUCAUGGCUGCGGUACAUUUACAGCGGGAGACAUCAUUCUGGGUUUAUUUUUGGUACUCCACCAAGGAAUACCGCGUCUCCUAUUACUAUAGAAGUAAUAGGUUUGAAUCGUCAGGAUUAUGAAACGCGACGAGUGCUUCUAACUUUAAAAGUAGAGCCAAAAGAGAAAAUGGCCAAGCACGAAGUUGAGUUGAAAAUUGAUAAUCUUAAUGUGGAAGACCUGCUGGAUGAACAUAGAAUGACUCGUCUAAAAGAUAUUUUGAGAACUAAACUAUGGACUGAGAGUAGUAAAGAUUUGUAUCCGACUUUCCUCGCAUCUGCUAUCGACUUAGGCGCAAGACUACCUUUAAAGCCCAGCGAUGGAGAGGGAUUAGUAAUCCGUCUCGGCAGUUCGAUGCCAUUUUCCUCGGAACUAAAGCGAUUAAGAGAGGAAGUGCGCCCUCUAUCGCGCUUGCCUAGCUGUCCGAGGGAGUACAAGAGGACAACAGUGGAAAGACUUUUCAGAGAUGCUGGUCUGACCCUGGAUUGGUGUAGCUUUGAGCUGUACAACACAAUAUACAAAGCACGAACUACCGAACGCUUAGAGUAUCUAACAGAGUUACCGAGUAAAACCUCGGACACCCAUCCAGCGCCGGGCGCGGGCGUGUGGACUGCGCCGCGGCGCGCCGCCCUCCCCCGCGCGAGCACGGCGCGCCGCGCCGCCGCCGCCGCCGCCGCGCCCGCGCUCUUGCUGCUCCUGUGUGUCACGGCGCUCUCUGUCACGCUUUGCGCUAAAUGUGCGAGACGCGAUCCAGUAUCAGAUCUGUUUCUGGACGAAAUAUAUCACGUGUGUGAAGAUUAUAGAAACCGCAGAACUCAAAAGUCGGCAAAAGUGGAAUUGUGUAGAUAUGGCACUGGCAACACUGAGCAGACGCACGCUGACAACACAAGCCAUAAAAGUUUGGGGAUUAGCCCAAACAGCAGUCUCACCAGACCGUACAGUCCAAAAUCGACGACCAAUUUAGCGUCCAACUACAACCGUCCCCAACCUCCCCCAUACAACACGAACUCUCUCCAUCACAGGAAACCCGACAAACAAACAAACACACACACACCCGAACACACCCGCUCACACUUAGCCCUAGAAGAGUCACUAAAACUCCUAAACCAAGCAAAUAUCACAACUAAAUACGACGAAUUAUGCGACAAAAUACUCGACUUAGCUGACGGUUCAGACGACUACGUGCCAAUAAAGCCGGACUAUUUGAUGGAUAAAACCGGAUAUGCGUCACUCAAACCGGAUAUUGACGAUAUCGUGGUACCGGAACUAGCUAAGUAUGGGAUAUCAGGGAUUGGUCCGAUU